UUUUUUCUUAUUGGGAAAUACAAAUAAAAAAGUAGGAAAAUUUGCAUAAUUACUUGAUAAGUAAAAAACGAAAAAUACACAAAAUAAACUACAAAAUUGAUAAAAAUUUAAUUAGUUCAACAUGUUUAACGAAGUGAUAACUCGAAAAAACUAAAAUUUCCAACAAAAACCUAACAUUAGUGAAUUAAAACCUCAACAUUCCAAAUGGCUUAAACAAAAGAAAAAAGUUCUAAGCCAAAAACAAAUAAUAAUAAUUGUUCAUAUCCUUACAUGUUAAAAUAGACUGAAUACAUAACUAAACCAGUAAUUAGUGCAAUAAUUUAAUUUAAAUAUCGUAAGAAAUAAAAAAAACACGAAAAAAUGUUUGCUUCUUUGAAAAAUAAAAUAAAAGAAGAGACGGGCUCCGAAGUGGCUGGACCAGGAGUUGUUAACAUGCCACAGCUGCAGCCACAUCAGCUUACAGCUAUGAAUCAUACAGCAAACAAUAAUAAUAACAAUAAUAAUCGUCUUAAAAGUCGUUUUUCCUCUACCAUUAGUGUUAAUUCGAAUGAUGAAAGUUUACAGUCUGAAUCAUUAAUCACACUUAGACAACAGUGCCAGGAGCUUUCCGCCAAAGCUUCGGAGCUACAAAAUCGUAUUAGUCAAUUGCAGGAGGAAAAAUUACGUGUGGAAAAGACAAAUGAAAUACUUUUGGAAACAGUAAAAGUCGCUCAAACCCAAAAAGAUAUCUACUGUGAGGAACAAGAGAAAAUACAAAAUAUGCAACAGAAUGAAAUUGAUAAACUACGCAGUCUAUUGUCAUUUCGUGAACAGGAAGCUGUGGAUCGUUUAAAUGCUAUGCGUCAGCAUCAAACGCAGGUGGAGAAUCUGACAUCUGAGUUGGAAAGAUUUAAACAUUAUGAAACGGAAGUAGAAGAUUUAAAGGACGAAUUACAACAACUUAGACAUUCCUCUCAACAAGAUAAAAACAAUUUAACCACAACUUUAGCGGCCAUAGAAGAAGAAAAUCGUCAUUUAAAAAUGCGUUUACAAAUUGUCGAAAAGGCACGUAUUGAAUCGCUCAGCACACUAAGUGGUGAUGACAAGCUACAAGCGUUGGUGCAUGAACGUAAAUUACUAGAACAGCAUCUAGAAGAGGCUCAUCUACAGCUAUCGGAUAUAAAAAGUUCUUGGAGUGGUCAGAAUUUAGCUUUAGAAACACAAGUGAGUCGUCUAUCGAAACAAGUAGCCGAAGAAACCACCGAAAAGAGAAAAAUCUUAAAAACAAAAGAUGAUCUUAUCGAAAGGGUAAAACAUGUAGAAUUUGAAUUACUUAAAGCUAAAGAUGAAAUAAAACAAAGAGAUGAUAAGAUUAAACUCUUGGAGGAGGAAAUUGAUGAAUUAAAUUUAGCUUUGAAAGAGUGUCGCGAGGAAAAUGAACAACAAAUUGUCUAUGAACGCAAUAAAUCCGCCUCUUUAGAAGCAGAAAAUCUAGAUUUAAAAAAUCGCCUCGAAGCAGCCGACGAACGUUUUGGUAAUUAUGCUGCCGAUGCUGCUAAUGUUUCCCAAACUUUACGGCAACAAUUAAACGAAAUACAACAACAACUAAACGAUACUCAACUAUUGUUGGAAAACGAAAAAGAAGAAAAACUUACGGCUCUACUGAAGAAUGCUGAAAUCUCACAAAGUGAAGAAUUACUAAAGAAAGAACUGCGUGACGAAAGAGAUGAAGCCAAUGAAAUUCAUGAAAAGAAUGCAACUUUAGAGGGACAAUUAAAGACGAAACAAUUGGAAAUAUUAGAGUGUAAACAGCAGCUGGAGGAAAUGCAACGUAAAGUGGAAGAGAGUAAAACGAAAAUUAAGGAAUGUGAUGAACUGCAAAGUGAUAUAACGGAAAAGAAUAAGACUAUUAAAGUUUUAAAUCAACGUUUAACCGAUUUAAAAAAGACUUUACAAAAAGAAUUCUCUUCAGCCAAAUCACUCGAAGAGUUCAGCGAAAACCAAAAGACUACCACAUCAUCAACAACAACAACAACAACACCAGCAAUAAUUGCCACAACAACAACAUAUUCUAAUGAUAAUACAAAAUUAUGUCAAAAUUGUGGUUGUUUAAUUAAAAAUAGUAUUAUAAUGGAUGAAGUUAAUUUUAAAUAUUUAAAACAUGUCAUUGUUAAAUUUCUAACAAGUCGAGAGGUUGAAGCUCGUCAUUUAAUACGUGCCGUUGCUACGCUACUUAAACUAACCAAAGAAGAGGAAAAACUUUUGCAUGACACAUUAAAUUGGAAAAUGAGCUGGUUUGGUUCAAAACCUAAUCAUGGUAGCGGUCAAAGGGCAUUUUCAAUACCACCUACCAGUUAAUAGUAGUAGUUCUAAGGUGUUUUGAAUACUACAAAAAAGAAAAAUCGAAUUUUAUUUUUUUCAUUCCAUAUUUAUGUUUUUGCAUUUAUACUAAUUUCACUAAUAUAUGCUUUUUAUUAAUGCAAAACAUAUUUUUAUGUAUAUUUUUGUAAUAUUUAUAUAUAUAUAUUUUUUUUUUCAAUUUGAAACGAAAAUGUUGUGUAUUUAUAUAAUGAUCUCUAUGCUAAAGAAAAGUAAUUUGUAUUAGAAAAAAAACCAAAUUGUUAUACAAUUGCAUUUUUUAACAAUUUAUUAA